CUUGGAUUCAAAAUCACUUUUUCGUUUUAGAGACUUUGCUUCCAGUCUAGUCGCACUUCUGUUCUUUAAGUAGUUUCACACAACUCUUAUCUAAUCUUUCCUUAAGGUUAUUUGGGCUAUUUUAGCAAACUUCUUUUCCCCCAAUAGAUUAAUAUAAAUGGUUGGGCAAAGAAGGAGCUAUGAGCCUGGGAGAGGAUAUUGGGAAAGAGGAAGGCAGGCAAAGGGAAAGCAAGCUGGGAAGGCACCGUGCCAAGAGACGAGGUGGCCGGGCUGCAAAUGAGUGGGGGGCGGGGGCUUUGCUCAGGAGACAGAGCUGGUGUGGGUCACUGCGGCUCAGGUCGGACUUCGUACCACUGGGACUGGGAGCGUUUAGACAGGGUCAGGAGAGCGCCUGCUGAUGGGAAGGGCUACAGAAAACCUUUGAAGUCUUAAGUUCAGCAUUUUUUUCCUAACCAAAGAGAAAGAAAACAUUUUUAAAAACUUUAUAAUUGACAAAGACUGAACUAAGAGUUUGAGAGAUUGCUGAUUGAAAGAAGUUGAUGUGGGAUAUAAAUAGCUGCUGGAAAGAACACUGACAACUUCAAAGCAAAAUGAAGUUCUUUCUGUUGCUUUCGGCCAUUGGGUUCUGCUGGGCUCAGUAUGUCCCAAACACCAAACCUGGACGCACAUCCAUUGUUCACCUGUUCGAGUGGCGCUGGGUUGAUAUUGCUCUUGAGUGUGAGCGAUACUUAGCCCCCAAAGGAUUUGGGGGGGUUCAGAUCUCUCCACCCAAUGAAAAUGUUAUAAUUAAUUACCCUUCAAGACCUUGGUGGGAAAGAUAUCAGCCAAUUAGCUACAAGUUGUGUACAAGAUCAGGAAAUGAAGAUGAAUUCAGAGACAUGGUGACUAGAUGUAACAAUGUUGGUGUGCACGUGUACGUGGAUGCCGUGAUUAAUCACAUGUGUGGGAAUGGCGUGGGCGCGGGAACAGACAGCACCUGUGGGAGCUACUUCAACCCUGGGUCCAGGGACUUCCCUGCAGUCCCCUUCUCUGGUUGGGAUUUUAAUGACGGUAAAUGUAAAACCAGCAGUGGAGACAUCGAGAACUACAAUGAUCCUUACCAGGUCCGAGACUGUCGUCUGGUUGGUCUCCUUGACCUUGCCCUAGAGAAAGACUAUGUGCGUUCCAAGGUUGCGGAGUACCUGAACCACCUCAUCGACAUCGGCGUGGCAGGGUUCAGAAUCGACGCGUCCAAGCACAUGUGGCCUGGGGACAUGAAGGCCAUUUUGGAUCAGCUGCAUCAUCUGAACACAACCUGGUUCCCAGAAGGAAGCAAACCCUUCAUUUACCAGGAGGUAAUUGAUCUGGGUGGUGAGCCAAUCAAAAGCAGUGACUACUUUGAAAAUGGCCGUGUGACAGAGUUCAAGUACGGGGCCAAACUAGGCACAGUCCUGCGCAAGUGGAACGGAGAGAAGAUGGCCUACUUGAAGAACUGGGGCGAGGGCUGGGGCUUCAUGCCCUCGGACCGCGCGCUGGUCUUCGUGGACAACCAUGACAACCAGCGAGGACACGGGGCUGGAGGGUCGUCCAUCCUCACCUUCUGGGAUUCUAGACUCUACAAGAUGGGAGUUGGGUUCAUGCUCGCGCAUCCUUACGGGUUCACCCGCGUCAUGUCGAGCUUCCGCUGGCCACGGUAUUUUGUGAAUGGAAAAGAUAUUAAUGACUGGGUCGGUCCGCCCAAUGAUAACGGAGUGAUUAAAGAAGUGACUAUUAAUCCAGACACUACCUGUGGCAACGACUGGGUCUGCGAACAUCGUUGGCGGCAGAUAAGGAACAUGGUUAUGUUUCGUAAUGUAGUGGAUGGCCAACCUUUUACAAACUGGUGGGAUAAUGGAAGCAACCAAGUAGCUUUUGGAAGAGGAAACAGAGGGUUCAUUGUCUUUAACAAUGAUGAUUGGCCGCUAUCUUUAACUCUGCAAACUGGCCUUCCUGCUGGCACAUACUGUGAUGUUAUUUCUGGAGAUAAAAUUGGUGACAAGUGUACAGGAAUUAAAAUCUAUGUUUCUCGUGACGGCAACGCUCACUUUUCUAUUAGUAACUCUGCCGAAGAUCCAUUUAUUGCAAUCCAUGCUGAAUCUAAAUUAUACAAUUUGAAUUAAAUACAUAUAUACCCCGUGAAAUAA